AUGCCCUUCAACAUCCACCAGCAGCACCACCUCUCCUCUACUGGCCAAUCGAAUGCUGAGCAGAAUCAAUUCACCACCACAAACGCUCUCUUCCAGGCCUCCCAGACGCUGGGAUCAGUUGGCGCACCAGCAAGCCAUUCGCGAGACACAGGAUCAGCCCCGGCACGCAGUGAUGGCGCCCUCUUCUCCCCUGACGAUACCGCAGACGCCAACGGCUCCGACGCUAUGAAUCCCACCUACGGCUCAUCGAUUGGACCAGCUCCAAUUACACCCGGAGGUCGACAGGCCGCGCAUUACGAGACUGCCCAGAGAGCGCCUCCAUUCCCUCGACAACCAGAAGAGCUACACAUGGAGGGCCGUCACUACCAAGCAGCUCCACGUUACAAUGCUGCGGAAGGCCUGUCAGUACACCUGCAACCGUCCACGCCUCAGUAUAACAAUGCCUCAGCUGGAACCAGUAUACCAGGCGCCCUGCAGCCUGGCUCGCUGAAUAGGCCUCCCACCCUCUCAAGCAAUACUGCACCCAGCUCUAUCCCAACUCUGCCUCAGCUGUCUACGCAGAUGCAGCAGUCGUCACAAGCACCCAGGUCCGUGGCGUUGAACCACACCCACAGCUAUUCAAGGUCCAGCCCAGCCGGGAUGGAUCAGCAGAAGUACAAAACAUUCACCAACGCGCCCGAAUCUAACAAGUUUGGUUCUCAGACUCCCACAUAUGCCUCUCAGAUGUCACAAGGAGCGGCUUCGUAUUCACCGUUGGGACUGGCAGAUAUCAGGCCUCGUGCAGAUACAGGAUACUCAGAUGGACCAAUGAGCCCAACCGUUUUUGCCGAUGCUGACGCUCCUCAAUAUCCGACAAACAGCAAUUACCUUACACCAUGGCCAAUCUAUGCGGUAGAUUGGUGCAAGUGGCCGUCAAAACAGAACAGCAUGCAAGCUGGUAAAAUAGCUCUUGGCAGCUAUCUGGAGGACAAUCACAAUUAUAUACAAAUACUGGAUGCGCAAAGAACUCAACCAGAUCCUGAUGAUCCUCACGGAGAAAGAGGAUAUGAAUUCGUCAAGACGGCCGAAGCAACACACUCUUAUCCCGUGACGAGGAUAUUAUGGGAGCCGCCAUCGUCGAACAAAUCCACAACAGACCUCUUAGCCACUUCUGGCGACCAUCUUCGAUUAUGGUCCUUGCCGGCAGACCACCAACAACACCUGUCAAACUCGAUUAACCGAUCAACCAACUCGAGAGAUCCGCCUCUUCAAAAGCUUUCACCACUCGCCCUGUUAUCGAAUUCCAAAUCUCCCGAGCACACAGCACCUAUCACCUCUCUGGACUGGAACGUUGUCUCGCCCAGCCUAAUCAUCACAUCGAGCAUUGACACAACCUGUACAAUCUGGGACAUCCCCUCUCUAACAGCGAAAACUCAACUGAUUGCCCACGACAAAGAAGUCUUUGAUGUGCGCUUCUGCGCCCAGAGCGUGGACGUCUUCGUCAGCUGCGGCGCCGACGGCAGUGUGCGGAUGUUCGACCUACGCAGCCUCGAGCACAGCACCAUCAUCUAUGAACCGUCAGAAAAGAACGACAAGAAUGCGUCCCUCAACUCACCAACGCCUCACUCUCCCACAACUCCCUCAGCAACCAACAACUCGACCCUCACCUACCCACCCCCCCUCCUCCGCAUCUCCGCCUCCCCGCAUGACGCUCAUCUCCUCGCCACCGUGUCCACCGACUCGCCUCUAAUCCGCAUCCUCGACGUCCGCCAGCCAGGCCAAGCCCUGCUCGAACUCCGCGGCCACGGCGCGGCGGUCAACUGCAUCGAGUGGAGCCGGGGCGGUGGUGCCGAUGCCGAGUAG